CCAGACUCCCGAGUCCGGCCAGCCGAUUUCCCAAGUUCCCCGCAACAGUGUGCCGGGAUCAGAUCCCGAGUGCCACGUACUUUUAUGAUAUCGAAACUAGAUUAAUGUUUGGUGAGCUUUGAAGCUUAUAAGGCACCUAGGUACGGUACUUCCUACCACGUACGUAAAAGUUUGAUCAGUCCGAAGCACCUGCCAGCUCCAACGGCACUCUCAUUCGGCUGGCUGCUUCAACGCAGCAGGUCAAUGCAAUCGAGUGCCAAUUUGAGUCACUGAGGGCUCGAGGACUAAAGUGGCUCAUCCGAAAUCACUUUCAAACCCACCCAAUCCUUUUCAGGGAGCAGCCUUACAGCGACAAGUUGGUUCUUGUCCUUUACAGUUUCCGCAGCUGCCUUCCAAGAAACGAAUUUUCAGCUCAGAAGUCCAGUGAAGAGGAAAGCCAUGGCGGGGCGGUUCUUGUCGGCUGUGCUGGCGUGCACUCUGCUGUUGGGUGCCGUGUCUGCCAAGCAGUAUGCUCUCUCGUUCACUGAGAUUUUCUCUCCUGACGGCGCCCGUCACACAACCGGCUCCCCUACCGAAGUGGGGGGCAACUUUGCCUUCAACAACGACCUCAAAGUAGGGGGUUUUGACGGCGAGGUUAUCGGGUCUGUCACUGGGUUUUGCCUAACCGGAGCCAUUCCGUCUGAGGCUGACAACAUCGAGGAGAACUACUACGAGUGCACCCAGACCGCCUAUUUCACUGUGGGGGAGUAUGCUGGGAGCUCCUUGACUCAGUCAGCUCUGGUCCUCUUCUCGUCGUCCCUGCCCCUCGCCAUCGUCGGCGGCACCGGGCAGUUCGUGGGCGCCCGCGGGGCGUUGUACCAGUCGGCAGACCCCACCGACCCCUCCAGCGCUUCCACCGACCUGUUUAUCUUCGAGACGCUGGACUCUCUGCCCAGCCCCCCCGGCUCAGUCUUCCCCGCCGGGAGCCCCACGUGCACCUCCCCCCCUAACGCCUGCUUCUCGGCGGACGGCUCCAUCUUUACGUGCUGCUCCGGCGGUUGCGGCCCUUCCGGCGCCGUUCCGUCCUGCUCGUAGGCUCCGUCCACCGGAACCCCGGGUGUAUGCACACAAUUCCAUGAUGUUGCGCAAGGCACUCGCCUGGUGGUAGUGACUACGUAGAAGAAGGAAGAGGACGCUGAAACGGCUUUUUGCACUCAAGUUGUGGAUCUGAGUAACUUAUGUUCGGGUGCCUCUUUGCGAACGUGGUCCGGUCUCGAGACAGAAUGUUUGGAGAACUUGAGUAGAUCCAGAUGCAGCUGUCAAAGCUGGUAUAAGCUCCCUGGCCAGCGGAUUUUCUAAAAGCUUAGUGCGUAAUAGUAUUUUCUCCCCGACAAUUUGGAAGCUCAUAUUGACUUUUGUAUGACCAGAGCUGAGUCGACAUUGUGCGGCCAAUUGUAACGCUAGAUUUCAAACUGUUGUCUUCAAACAAUUUGAAGACGUCAUUAGCGGAAGCACUUGGUCGCGAUUCCAGCUCCAGGAGUCUUCUUGAAUCACAUGAUCUUAAUUCAGGCCCCAGCUCCGUCGAG